AUGUGCAAAGAAGGUGAUGAUGUACAGUCAAACAACCAAAAUCAGGAGCAACCAAAAGAAUACAAAGGUCUUCCAGAACCAGGUAAAAUAGGAAUUAUUCCAAAAGAUUCUUUAAUUCCACCAGUUCAUGAUACUAAAAUCAGCAAGGUCCCUCCGAAAAUUUCAAAUCAAGCUACAUUCGCAGAUAUCGACCUUUCAUCAAUUUCGGAAGCUUAA